AGAAACUGCACAACAUGGAGGCCACGUCUUCACCUGAGCUCAACCACAGGCCUAUUAUCGGUGUAGUAGCUCAGGAGUUCUACCAACCAACCCCCAGCAAAAAAUCCUACAUCCCUGCAUCAUAUGUGAAGUAUCUGGAGUCAGCUGGAGCCAGAGUCGCUCCUAUACACAUUGACAAGACAGAAGAUGAGUACAGAGCUCUGUUUAAGUCUAUCAAUGGAGUACUUUAUCCUGGUGGGAAUGUAAACACGAGCACAUCUGGUUAUGCAAGAGCUGCGAGACUGUUAUUUGAUCUAGCGAUGGAGGCUAAUGAUCGAGGCGACUAUUUCCCACUGUGGGGAACCUGUCUUGGAUUUCAACUUAUGGCAUGUGUGAUUGGAGAGAAAAACGGGCACGUACUCUCUACCACAAAUAAUUCUGAUGUGGCACUACCCCUAAACUUUACAAAAGAAGCCAAAGAGAGCAGGAUGUUCAAGAGUUUCCCAAAGGACACACUUCAUACUCUGGCCACCGAAUCUGUAACUAUCAACAGCCACAAAUACAGUUUGACUAUGGACACUUAUAGGAAGAGUGAGAGUCUAAACACUUUUUACCGAGUACUUACCACCAAUACCACAGAUAACGGCAAAAUGUUCAUUUCAACAAUGGAAGCAUACAAAUAUCCAUUUUACGGGGUGCAGUGGCAUCCAGAGAAGAGCCAGUUUGAACGAACCAACACCUUCACAGCCCACUCUCCCUCAGCUGUGAAAGCUGCCCAGUGCUUUGCAGACUUUUUUGUCAGUGAAUUGAGGAAAAGCUGUCACAGUUUUAGCAGUGAUGAAGAGGAGAAGAAAGUCCUGAUUGAUGAGUACACUCCCUCCUACACCGCAGACUGGACCAACUUUGAGCAGAUCUUCUUCUUCUCCUGA